AAAUAAAAUUUAAUGUUAAUAAAAAUAUGUGGACCCUUUUAAAUAUAAAAAGAAAAGAAAAAGAGAGGUGAAGAAAAGUGGGUUUAACAAUUAUUUGCUGCAAAGUUAGAAGAGGCUCAGCUUUAUUAACUUCUGUUUGCUUUCAUUCUCUCUAUCUAUCUAUCAUCAUCCUCGUAGUCCUCAUCUCUCCUUUCUAACACCUAGUUGCAGUAAAAAAAAGGCUGCUUCUUUCUCUUUCUCCAUAGUCAAUGGUUUUAUGAAGAAGCCGUGAGAUUGAAGAGAGAGAGAGAGAGAGUGUGUGUAGAAUAAAUGAGUUGUGGAUUCAAAUCAGGACUGGUGAAUCUAGAGAUGGAGCAAGGAGCUGGAGGAGGUAAUGAAGUGGUGGAGGAAGCUUCACCAAUCAGCUCAAGACCCCCGGCUAAUAUGGAAGAGCUAAUGAGAUUCUCAGCGGCGGCGGAUGAAGGUGGAGGGUUGGGAGGAGGAGGAAGCUCGGCUUCUUCGUCGUCGGGGAACAGAUGGCCGAGAGAAGAAACGCUUGCGCUUCUCAGGAUCCGAUCUGAAAUGGAUUCUACUUUCCGUGACGCCACUCUCAAAGCCCCUCUUUGGGAACACGUUUCCAGGAAGCUGUUGGAGCUAGGCUACAAACGCAGUGCUAAGAAAUGCAAAGAGAAAUUCGAAAACGUUCAGAAAUACUACAAACGCACUAAAGAAACGCGCGGUGGUCGGCAUGACGGUAAAGCUUACAAGUUCUUCUCUCAGCUCGAAGCUCUCAACACUACUCCUCCUUCCUCUUCUCUCGACGCCACUCCUCUCUCCGUCGCCAAUCCCAUCCAACCGCCUCCUUCUUCAUCUCAGUUCCCAGUCUUCCCUCUACCGCAGACCCUACCGCACAGUGUCUCUUUUACACCCAAUGUAGCUCCUCCUCCUCCUGCUCCAAUGGGUCCCACCUUUCCCGGAGUGACCUUCUCGUCUCACAGCUCAUCGACGGCUUCAGGAAUGGGGUCUGAUGAUGACGACGACGAAGAAGAUAUAAUGGACGUGGAUCAGGCGGGUCCCAGCAGCCGCAAACGCAAACGUGGUAACCGGGGAGGCGGCAAGAUGAUGGAAUUAUUUGAUGGUUUGGUGAGGCAAGUGAUGCAGAAGCAAGCGUCUAUGCAAAGGAGCUUUCUUGAAGCCCUUGAGAAGAGAGAACAAGAGCGUCUCCAUCGUGAAGAAGCUUGGAAACGCCAAGAGAUGUCUCGUUUAGCUCGGGAACACGAGAUCAUGUCUCAAGAACGAGCCGCUUCUGCUUCUCGCGACGCCGCAAUCAUCUCAAUGAUUCAGAAAAUCACUGGCCACACUAUCCAGUUAGCUCCUUCUUUCUCAUCACAACCGUCUCCUCCGCCGCGUCAACCGCCACCCGCAGCUAAACGCCCUUCAUCACAACCUGUAGAACCACCUCAACUACAACCAAUAAUGGCCAUUCCACAACAACAGGUUCUUCCUCCUCCUCCUCAACCACCACCACAACAAGAGGUGACCAUGAGCUCUGAUCAAUCGUCGCCCUCGUCAUCGCGGUGGCCAAAGGCGGAGAUUCUUGCGCUUAUAAACUUGAGAAGCGGAAUGGAACCAAGGUACCAAGACAAUGUCCCUAAAGGACUUUUAUGGGAAGAGAUCUCAUCUUCCAUGAAGAGAAUGGGAUACAACAGAAACGCAAAGAGAUGCAAAGAGAAAUGGGAAAACAUAAACAAAUACUACAAGAAAGUUAAAGAAAGCAACAAGGAACGUCCUCAAGAUGCCAAGACCUGUCCUUACUUUCACCGCCUCGAUCUUCUUUACCGCAACAAAGUCCUUGGAAGCGGUGGCAGUUCUAGCGCUUCUGCUCUACCUCAUCAAGACCAAAUAUCAACGGUACAAAAGCAGAGUCCGGUCUCUGCAGUGAAGCCCCCACAAGGAGUUGUUACCGUCGGGUCAGCUUCAAGUGAGGGAGAAGAACCUAGAGAGGAAAGUCCGCAAGAAACAGAGAAGCCAGAAGACCUUGUGAUGAAAGAGCUGAUGCAACACCAAAAACAAGAUUCAAUGAUAAGUGAGUAUGAAAAAAUUGAGGAGUCUCACAAUUAUAAUAACAUGGAAGAAGAGGAGAUGGAUGAAGAACUAGACGAGGAUGAGAAAUCUGCGGCUUAUGAGGUUGCAUUUCAGAGCCCUGCAAACAGAGGAGGCAAUGGCCACACCGAGCCACCUUUCUUGACAAUGGUUCAGUAAAUCAGAAUCACUGUUUCUGAAUUUCCCUCGUCCCAAGAAAAUCUACUUAUGUGUGCAUAGUUUCUAAACAACACCCCAAAAACAAAAACACAAAACACCAUCUGACACCAGAAACUGAAAAUCAAGGUCUCAUCAAUCUUGAUUUCCAGUGAAUACAAUUCUUUCUUCACAUUCUUUCCCUUUGUUUCUUUUCUUUCUCGCUGUCUCUUGUUUGUUUCUCGGUUCUUUGUUUUCUUCUUCAACACAUACACACCCACCCUCAUGAACAAAAACUCUAGCUAAAGGUCUUUUAGUUUAUUUGGAGUUGUAAUUCAUCAGCAAGUCUCACUCUUUUUUUUUCUUCUUUAAACAUUUGUUGAUUGGUUAAUUGGGGAAUAAAGAGUCUUUUUUUUUC